AUGGAACAAAGCCUAUUGGAUCAGAUCGACGGAUCAGACUUAGGGGGAAGUGACAACCUAGGUCAGGGAAGUGACAACCUAGGUCAGGGAAGUGACAACCUAGGUCAGGGAAGUGACAACCUAGGUCAGGGAAGUGACAACCUAGGUCAGGGAAGUGACAACCUAGGUCAGGGAAGUGACAACCUAGGUCAGGGAAGUGACAACCUAGGUCAGGAGAGUGACAAACAUGGCCAGGGGAGUGACAACCUAGGUCAGGGAGGUGACAACCUAGGUCAGGGAAGUGACAACCUAGGUCAGGGAAGUGACAACCUAGGUCAGGAGAGUGACAAACAUGGCCAGGGGAGUGACAACCUAGGUCAGGGAAGUGACAACCUAGGUCAGGGAAGUGACAACCUAGGUCAGGGAAGUGACAACCUAGGUCAGGGAAGUGACAACCUAGGUCAGGAGAGUGACAAACAUGGCCAGGGGAGUGACAACCUAGGUCAGGGAGGUGACAACCUAGGUCAGGGAAGUGACAACCUAGGUCAGGGAAGUGACAACCUAGGUCAGGAGAGUGACAAACAUGGCCAGGGGAGUGACAACCUAGGUCAGGGAAGUGACAACCUAGGUCAGGAGAGUGACAACCUAGGUCAGGAGAGUGACAAACAUGGCCAGGGGAGUGACAACCUAGGUCAGGGGAGUGACAGCCUAGGUCAGGGGAGUGACAAACAUGGCCAGGGGAGUGACAACCUAGGUCAGGGAGGUGACAACCUAGGUCAGGGAAGUGACAACCUAGGUCAGGGAGUGACAAUCUAG